AUGCAUGUCAUCUGUUCUUUCUUAGCACUGCUUGCUAUAAUACAUGGAAUUCAAGCAGUUGAUUACACUGUCACCAACACUGCUCUCUCAACUCCAGGUGGAGUGCGUUUCCGUGAUGAAAUAGGAGAUCAAUACGCGACACAAACCCUAGACUCCGCGACACAAUUCAUAUGGAAAGUGUUACAAGAGGAAAACCCUACCGACCAAAAAGACGUGCAGAAGGUGAGUCUAUUCAUCGACGACAUGGACGGAGUUGCGUUCACAAGCAACGACGAAAUUCAUGUGAGUGCAAGAUAUAUUAACGGCUACACCGGCGAUGUGAGAAACGAGAUAACAGGAGUAUUGUACCAUGAAAUGACACACGUUUGGCAGUGGAAUGGAAAUGGUGCAGCAAAUGGUGGAUUGAUUGAAGGUAUAGCAGAUUACGUGAGAUUGAAAGCAAAUUUUGCACCAAGUCAUUGGGUGAAAGAUGGACAAGGAGAUAAAUGGGAUCAUGGCUAUGAUGUUACUGCUCGUUUUUUGGAUUAUUGUGAUGGUUUAAGAAAUGGAUUUGUGGCAGAGUUGAAUAAGUUGAUGAAAAGUGGUUAUAGUGAUGAUUUCUUUUUUCAGCUUUUGGGGAAGACGGUUGAUCAGUUGUGGACAGAGUAUAAGGCAAAGUAUGGCAAUAUAGCUUAA